AUGCACAAGGGGGGGAGCAAUCGGGGGUUGCACCAACUGAUACUGCAGGACGAGGACGAGGACUCGUCUGCAUCUCCUCCUUGCCGAUUUGGAAAGCGAGGAAUGCAAAAGAACCCGCGGCAUGUGGCUGCUCUGCGUUGCUGUUCCGUUGCUGUGCCGUGGAGUCUGGAAAAUCUUUGUAGACGUUUCCAGGUGGGAAUCGAGGGGGUGACCUCUCAAGUCAGUGACAGUGAGGUGUUCUCGGAAGUGCCGCUAUGCCGCCAUAGCUGGGUCACUGAGCCUGGAGCCCUAUCAGCUGCUGCUCCUUCCAGGAGUCGCCACGAAUCAGGCGACUCAGCGACGAAAGCACUUUUCUUUAAUCGGAUAUUGGAUGCGGGGAGAGAGCGUCUCGUUGCUCUUUCUAUGUUUGUUAUAGUAUAUGAUGCCCUCGCGCCAAGAGGAGGCUUCGCAUCAUUCGGCGACUUUUCUGUCCAUGCUGCCUAUCCGGUGUCGUGGUGUCCCCACAACCUGCUCGCACAAGGCCGCAACCUUUCCUCCCCCGCACCGCCGUCAUCAGACCCUCCUAGCCCUCCUAGCCUUUUAAAUUAG